CGUCGUUGUUGCCCGCUCACGGCCGUGCCGCUUUUUGGGGUCCAGCCACCGUGUCACCGCGGCUGAUAACGAUAACGAGAGUCCGACGUGACCGACCCGCCGCUACCGCCGCCGCCACCGCCAUCCCUUUUUUUCCAUGAGCGGCGCGCGUACGUACGCGCCGUGUCAGCGAACACGACCGUGACCAUCCCGAUAUCGUCCCUUCCGGCGAACCGUGUCCGGACAUCUCGCGCGACACACGUGAACACGGUAUCUCGGAUGAAUGGAGUCGCCGAUGAUCCUUGGCCCCGUGGAUUUAAGACGCAGCGUUGUUCAGUGAAACGCGGCCGAUUAUUGGAUACAGUGAAGUGAAAACAGUGAACGGUGACGAUUUAUCUUGAUGAUCUUUUAUCAUCCGUCGGACUGAUCGAGGAUUGUACCGGCUUGGAUGGUCAGCUUUCGAAGCGAGUAACUCGUCUCGUGCGACUGAAGGGAUUAGAAAAAUUGUCGGAUGCUGGUGACAGGCAUGAGGGACCACGAAGGAUCCUUCGACGUCUUGACCCCGUUGUCGUGGACAGCGUGCGAAAGUGUUCUCGAGUGAUGCCGCGUGUGCCGUGAGAGGGACCAGGUUACCCUAGGUGUGAAUCGUAGAUAAAGUUCCCCGGAUUCAACCACCGAUUCACGAAGAUGAAGCGACGGCCGACCGGGUGCUCCCCGAAGCCACCCGUCGUCCGGCACAAAGACGUUCCUGAUGACCGUCAUUGUACCCCGUCGCCAUAGACUGGCCCAGCGCGCUCCCGUUUAGAAAGAGACGCGGACCACUUCACGGACCGUGCAAACGCGUCUUCAUCGGCGGUCAAUAGGACCGAGAGCCUUUUAGCCGCGACGCAGAUAUUAUAUAUAAAUCUGCGCGGCGGGAGGAACCACCUGGAUUCCCACAGCCGACGGCCGUCGGCAACUGGGGUGCCGCGAUGGACCUCAGCACUGCCUACCGAUACAAUCAGAAUAUGAUGGAAUAUUACACCUGCCACGGUGGAGUUAACCAGCUCGGCGGCGUCUUCGUGAACGGAAGGCCCCUACCGGAUGUAGUCAGGCAAAGGAUCGUCGAGCUAGCGCACAGUGGCGUCCGACCGUGCGACAUUUCCAGACAACUCAGGGUAUCUCACGGCUGUGUAUCCAAGAUACUGUCGAGGUAUUAUGAAACCGGCAGCUUCAAGGCCGGCGUCAUAGGUGGUUCCAAGCCGAAAGUAGCAACGCCACCAGUGGUCGAGGCGAUCGCGAACUACAAGAGGGACAAUCCAACAAUGUUCGCGUGGGAGAUCAGGGACAGGCUGCUCGCCGAAGGCAUUUGUUCUCAGGACAACGUGCCAUCCGUCUCCUCCAUUAAUCGGAUCGUGAGGAACAAAGCGGCGGAGAAGGCGAAACACGCGCAUCAGCAACAGCAGGCGCAGCAGCAGCAAGGUCAGCAACAAGGUCAGCCAGGAUCAGGUGGUUCCGUGUCGGUGAUAGCCCAUGCACCUGCAACUGCGACGGGUCAUCCGGCUGCAACCGCUCCCAACGCUUACAGCAUCAGCGGCAUCCUGGGAAUCCCGGCUCACCAUCAGGAUCCCAACGGCAACAGCAUCAAGAGAAAACGCACCGAAGACGACGACAACCGAGACCUGAAUGAUCAUCCCGAGGACGACCUGAAGAGGCAGAGGAGCAACUACAAUGGCGACCAAUUGUACUCGAAUCUGUGGUCGAGUAAAUGGAGCAUCAAGGACGAGCACAAACUCCUGAGCGAGCUAGGCGGCGGAGGCGGUGGUGCGACCGCGGGCACGAACGGCGCUGGGACCGGUGGAGGCGGCGGCGGCGGUGGUGGCGGCGGUGGUGGCGGCGGAGGUGGCGGAGGUGGCGGCGGCGGAGGUUACUACGAACACGGAGGAUUCCCCGGGAACGCGAUUGCCACCUCCGCCGAGCUGUACGACUCCCUGGGCACCAUCAGCACGAUGACGCAGGCGCAAACGCCCCAUCUCUACACCCCGCCCAUAGGGGGCACCAUAGCAGGUGGUACUUUGACGCCGCUCGCGCCACUGACGAUGCAAGAACUAAAAUUGAGCCAAACAUUGGACGGGGCUAACAUGUCUCCUUACCACACCAGCGCAGAGAGCAGUACCGUCGCAGUGUCGUAUGUGGGGGUGGGGGCCGGUGGGGGCGAGCAAAGUCCCCCGAUUUCGUUGCAGAACGAGACAAACGCCACCCCCGCGGCCCCAAACACCCCCGGAGGCGAUCCCGGACUGACGGUCUUGCAGCCGCCAGUUUCUCAGCCCCAGGUAGCGUCUGCGAUACCACCGUACUCCACGAUGCUCCCCAGUUUCGGACAUUACGCCACCGGUGGUGGUGACUACGCGUACAGCGCGGCAUACUCGCAAUACUCGAGUGCGCCGUACAGCGGCUACGGUUAUGGAGCAGCGACAAGCGGGUUGCUCAACUCCACGUACUAUUACUGUAACGGGGACACGCUGGCGUCUUCCCACAACAAUUCGCAACAGGGCGGCGGAUGUAACAACGGUGGGCCAGACAACAGCACGAACGUGGCUAGUCGCUCGCCUUUGGCAGCAACCAGGGCGAGCAGCGGCGCUAGCGCUGCCUCGCCGACCGGAAGUGCGUGCACGAAGCCGGAUCACACUUCCACGCCGACGGACCUUUAUCUGGCCUGAUUGAUCGAUGGUACAGGAGACCAGCUCCGGGCAGAGUGUUCUCCUGGAGUGGGAGCAGCAACCAGCGACGAUGGACGCCAUAUCACGAGGAGCCACGCUGAAUUCAAGCAAUGAUCUCUUUUCCUUUUUCCACCGGCUCGGAGAACGGAUUCUAACUAUCCGAUCGAUAUUGGGGAAUACGAUCGGAAACGAUGUCCGACACAUUAAAGCGAUUUCAAGCGGAGACCAGAGGGGACUGUCAAAAAUCGGCCGACGGCCAGACACUGGUGCGCGCCCGACCGAGUUCCUCGCACGAUCGUCCACACGGAAGCUGUAAAUCUAAAAAUUGUCGAAUCCGGAUGUUGAAAACAUUUGUCGAAAGAUGACAAUCGAAUCCCGAGAGAGAUAGAGACUUGGACAAGUUGUUUCACUUGACAAUGGAUAUCGGACGAUUAUAAAACGACUGUGGCGCGCGACCAAGCACGACACUCAGUGGAUGACGAUGACGAUCGUGUGCGGAGUACUGUUGACGUCAGGAGCAUCGAGAUCGUGGACAUUGUCGGGAAUAAUGGCAAUCGUUGUCAGCAGCUGCGCUGGAUGAACUCGCAAGUUCGCGACGUCGACGACGUAACCGAACAAUCCGUAUGCGAGCGGCAACGGCUCGAAGUGUCUGGCCAGCGGCCAGGGCUAGAAGAACAACGCUGUCGAGUCGCGCGGUUGGUACCGCAGUCUUCACCCGCGGCUUGCGACGGUGCCGGUACUCCGUAGAGUGCGCGUAAACCGUAGGUAGUUUAAUUUAACGAUCCUCAGUUAGAAUAAUUCCAAGAGUCGGUCGUCCCUCCAAAUAUGCCCGAGCAUUCCGAUGAACGGUUUCCCCGGCGACGGGACCGGAAACGCUGUAAAGAGGAAAAAGUAACGAACGAAUACGCGGUCGGGCACAUUUGUCAUCGGCGGCGUUUUAGGACGUGUACAUAUAUACAUAUAUAAAAUUGAAAAAAAUUCAUAUAUAUAUAAAUAUAUAAAUAUAUAAAUAAUACAUAUACUCGCGUAAACGGACAGAGUCAACUGCCGGAGGCGAUGGCACGUUCUUUCUCCUAAAUAAGCACGACGACUCCGAUCCCCAUCCCCCUUUUACCCCUGAACCCCGUGUCCCAUCCAGGAACGACAUAGAGUAUAUGGUAGAGACGUAAUCGAUAAGUUUAUUGAGAUUUUUAAAUCAGGAAUCGACGGAACGAUCAUUAACUGUUAAGGAUAUUAUAUAUAUUUUUUGUAGAAACCAAAGACCACAGACACCGAUUGCCGAAUACGAGGGUUGCGUGCGUCGCGUAGCUUUAGGCGAGUGCACAGUUUUUAAUGGCGGUUUCGAGCGACACGUUUUUUUGGGAAACCAGGCCUUGAACGGCAGCGAGAGCGUUUUGCGUGUCGCUAGUUUAACGUUCCCGACAACUCUAUCACGAGUCUCAUCGAAUAUCUUCGACGUUGCAUUUUGAAAAUCUAAGAUGUUCAAUCCGCGGCAGUCGAAUAAAAAUUGUACAAACGUUGUCCAGUCGAAUCGCGGUGAAACAAAAAUGUGACCGUGUUUCUCUAAUACAAUAAUGGUUACGAUGCAGCAGGCGUUGCACGCUGCGUAUAACUGAGAAGUUCCAUUCGCGUAACUAAUGUAUAAAUAGCGUAACGACAACAGUAGGAAAUGUGUGUAUUAGUUGCGCGUAUGUGGCGAUGGAAAUGCGCAAGAAAAAGCGCAGCGUGCGAGGCGUAGCUCGAGCCGAAACGGUACUUUAAAUACAUGCGAUUCGCAAAACGCUCCCGCCAGUUCGAGUCCGAAUGAACGCUCCGCGAGCGAGCGACGCGCUGGAUCGACGAGUCGAAAACAAUGAACGAAUUUAAAUUUGUAAUCGAGAAAGCGUGAAAGACGAAAACCGAGCCGAGUGCAAGACGAUCGGUUCGCAUCGAGAUUAAUGACGCGCGAAAAGAACCGCAAAAAGUGCUUCCCACUAGCCGGAACCUAUGCGCAUUCGGAUCGCAAAUCAUCCGUGAAUAUUCGCGAACUCGUGACAAACUUUUUCCUUUCGGGUCCGUCUUUGAAAUGGCAAAACAAAAAAAGAAAUGUAAAACAAGAAAGAUCCGAGCAACGGACAGUUACCUGACGGGCUAAUCAUCGCCUCUUCCCGCGUUCCGUCCAACGCCUCCGUGCUGUUCUCCGGAAGUCGCGUUGCUUCCGGCUUCGCGUCGUGCGGAACGCUCGAAAGAGGCAAAAAACUAGCCGCGAAACCAUAAUUAACGUCCGGCAACGGCGCACUUUAAUGAGAAGUUACGUGCUCGCAAUUUCUCGAUGAUUA